AUGGGAAUAAAGGGCUUAACAAAGUUUAUAAACGAUAGGUCAAAAACGUACUUUGAAAAUUUCGAUUUGCACGACUGUAAUUUAAUAAUUGACGGGCACAGUAUUUCCUGUCAACUGUAUAACUGGAAACAUUGGCAUUUCGAUACUAGAUCAGCAAAUUGUUAUGGAGGUGAUUACGAUAAAUACGCCUUUGCAAUUGAGGCAUUUUUUCGCAAUCUCAGUGAAGUAAAUGUCACCCCCUACGUAGUAUUUGAUGGAGGGUUCGAAGAGAAAAAACUUCCCACAAUCAUGAAACGUAUGCAGGACAAGAUUAAUACAGCUGAUAAGUUAAAUCCAACUUAUGAAAAUGAAAAUCCACAUCACGUAGUAUUUCCACUAGCAUUAAGAGAAGUUUUUAAGGAUGUUGUGAGAGAAAGAGACAUUCCACUCGCCAUGUGUAUAUACGAAGGCGAUACAGAGAUUGCCAGUUUAGCUAAGGAAUUAAAUUGUCCCGUUUUAACAUUUGAUUCAGAUUAUUUUUUAUUUGGUUGCAAGUAUAUACCUUUUAAUUCCAUAGAUAACAAAGUACUUACACGUAAUGGGCGCUCAGGGACUUAUAAAUGUAUUCAAUGUAAACUAUAUGAAAUUGAAAAAUUACUAUCAGACUAUAGAGGACUUCGAGAAGAGACACUUCAUUUACUGCCGGUUUUAUUAGGCAACGAUUACAUAGAUGAAAGUGUGUUUAUACCAUUUUUAAACUCGAUACAUAUAAAGGAUAUGUCAUUUCAAAGAAGAAUCCAUUCUUUACUCCUAUGGCUAAGGUCUGAAACCUUAGAAUCUGCAAUUCAAAAAAUUCUAAGCCAUUUUAAAAAUCCUGUACAACGAAACUCAGUUUUAGAUAACAUAGGUAAGAUAAUUUCAGGAUAUUAUUAUACUGACAGUAAUCUAAAGAAGUAUUUUAACAUUGAACCUACUAAAGGAAAUAAGAACAACAAACCUUUUAAUUUUGCUGCUUUAAAAGACAAAAUAUUGAAAGACCUUGGGACUGAUAGGACACCUGUUGAAGAAAAUGAAGCAAAUGCAACUGAAAAUGGUAUUAAUACUAAUCCUGAAAGAAACCAUCAUUUAUUGUUGGAAAAUAAAUCACAAAAUCCUAUUUCCAAAGUAUUUACAACAAACUACAGUAAAUGUAAAUAUCCCUCUUCAUUUAUGGAUAUAUUAACUCAAAACAAGUACUACUGCAUACCUCAGGUCGAAGAUCAUGCUAAGAAACAUUCUCACAUUCAUUCCUUAGAAUUGCUGUGUUCCAUCCAUAAAAUUCUGACAAAUAGUGCAGCAAGUGAAUUCACAGUGGUAGCUAGAGAUGUGGGAACAUCAGUUAAGUGUUUUGUUCAAGAAAAAUAUAAUUUAGAAGUGCCAAAUUUGGAUGAAUUUGAACAAAAACCGCUGAACGAAAGAAGAAAAGUUUUAUACGAUAUUUUAAAAAUUGACAGUAGUAUUGAGUUGGUUUUAGAUAGAGUUCCUGAGGAAUGGCAUUUAUAUUUGAUCGCCUUAAAUCCAGACAGGUCUAUUGAUGUUGAUAAAAAUUUGCUGCAUUAUAUGGCGCAGGUUCAAAAAAAUCUAUGCAAGCAAAGGAAAAAGUUUUUUGGAUGA